CAGUGGUGUGCGAUAAGACAAGAGGGGUAGAUUCAGCAUCGUUUUGUAUUGUUUUUCGACCAAAUUUCAAGCCCAAGCCGUAGGAGAAGGAUGGAGAGGAAAAGGUGGGAGUGCUCGGCUCUCCCGAAUGGUUGGAAAAGGGAAGAAGUGACCAGAAAGUCGGGGUUGUCCGCGGGGAAAAGCGAUGUCUAUUAUUUUAGCCCCACUGGGAAGAAGUUCCGGAGCAAGCCACAGCUGGCCCGUUACCUUGGCAACUCAAUGGACCUGAGCUCUUUUGACUUCCGCACAGGAAAGAUGCUUAUGAGUAAACUGAAUAAGAACAGGCAGCGGCUUCGCUACGACCACAACAGUCAGACCAAGGGCAAGCCUGAUCUCAACACUUCCCUGCCCGUCCGACAGACGGCAUCCAUCUUCAAACAGCCCGUCACCAAGGUUACAAAUCAUCCCACCAACAAAGUGAAGACGGACCCUCAGAAAGCUGUCGACCAACCGAGACAGCUGUUCUGGGAGAAGAAGCUGAGUGGACUCAAUGCAUACGACAUUGCUGAGGAACUGGUGAAGACUAUGGACCUGCCUAAAGGCCUUCAGGGGGUUGGCCCAGGCUACACCGAUAAGACUCUGCUCUCAGCCAUUGCCAGUGCCCUCCACACCAGCACCGCCCCCAUCACGGGUCAGCUGUCUGCCGCCGUGGAGAAGAACCCGGGGGUGUGGCUCAACACCACGCAGCCGCUGUGCAAGGCUUUCAUGGUCACCGACGAGGACAUCAGGAAGCAGGAGGACUUGGUGUAUAAUGUUCGGAAGAGGCUGGAGGAGGCUCUGAUGGCUGACAUGCUGGCUCACAUAGAGGAAGCUGCCAUCGAUACUGAAUCCCUCAAAGAGGAAAACAACAGCAGCAACAACAACAACGAGGACAUGGAGACCGUAUAGCCGAGGUUACAGGGCACAGAGGAGUCGUGUAGAGUGCAGUGUUCCACAGACAUGCACACAUUUACACUCACAUAUGCCAACACAGGACUACAAGCCAGGAGCUGCACUCCAUACCAAACGGAAACAAGAGGAAAAUAAGACACUCUUUUUCUGCCUUCCCUUAACACUCUGCUCGUCAGAGCAGUCGCAAAACACCUUCGUCCUAUUUCGUCAUGAAGGUCUUUUCAAAGCUGCC